AUGUCAGAAAAUUUCAGUAACAAUUGCUGCAAUGAAUCUACCGUGGAAGAUUUUUCCUUGGUCCCGUCAACCUGGCCUUUGGGAGUGGUAGUUUUAACAAGCAUUCUCAUGAUUGUAGUGAACGUUGUAACUCUGGUUGGUAACUCUUUUGUUAUCGUGGCAAUGGCGAACAUCAAUUCACUGAAAAGUAUGGCGAACAAUCAAGCCGUCAUUUCGUUAGCGGUCGCUGAUCUUUUGGUGGGUUUACUAGUUAUGCCCUGUGCAAUCGACGGUUUGUUAUCAGGAAAAUGGCGAUGUGGAGCAUUAUGGGGAAAACUAAACGCGUUUGGUAACUUUUCUUUCUGUAUUUCUUCUAUUAUGCACCUAACAUUACUGUCGUUCGACCGAUAUAUUGCAGUUACUCGUCCCUUAGCUUACCGCUCGAUAUUUACCAAAACAAGAGCUCAAUAUGGUUGUCUUUUAUUGUGGAUAUAUUCAACUCUAUGGGCCCUGCCGCCACUUUUUGGUGUAAGUUCUUACGAAUGUUUUAUUCCUUACAUCGGAAAAUGUCUUGAGAAAGAUUGGCUCCAGAGCAAAGUUGCGGUCGUUUUCACCGUUGCAGUCGUUUGUGGAACAUACGGGGCUGCCGUUUUAGUCAUGUGCUUUGUUUACCUGAAGAUUUUCUUGACAAUUUUCAAACAGUCGAAGAAAAUUUCCGUGACAAUGGAACAGGUGCGAAGUAACUUUGAUUUAACAACAAGAACACGGGCCUCAACUAGGAAGGGAGCCUUAACAGUGCUUAUUGUUAUCGGAAUCUAUAUGGUUUGUUGGUCACCUUUUUGUGUUCUUCUGUUUGUGCAAAUGGCCCGUGGAAAAUCCACAGGAGGACCAACAGCAGAUCUAAUAACAAUGUUUAUCGGCUUUGCAAACAGUGCUUGUAAUCCAAUCAUAUAUAGCAUUCGAUAUAGAGCGUUUCGCCAAACUGUAAAGCGUAUAUUUUUAAGGAAUUAUGACUGUUUACAGUAUUUCUUCAGCGGACCUGAGCCAAUGAAUAACAGCACGCAGGCAAUAACGACCAAUAAGAUUUAA